GGUGACUUCUUAGAGACCCAUUCUACUGGUGUCGCCUGUCAGAAUCUGUACAACAACAACGGGCGCGUUUCUAUAGGAUGUUUACCUAGCACGGAACAAGCGCCUGUGAAGGUCAACACUACAGUACAGCACACUACGUGCCUCCUCUCGGUAAUACUGUACAACUGGUUAAUUAUCAACCCAUAACCGACCAGUGUUUACGACGUAGCGUAAUAAAUACUACGUCCAAUUUCAAACGGUUUAUUUUGACUGCUCUAGCGAGUGUGUUUUGGGGAUUAUUUAAAUGUGUGUAUACUGUGGGGAUAAGCUGUGUGUAUGGAAAGAAAAGGCGGGAAUUCUAGUGUAUGGAGUGUAAACAUGGACCUCCAGUUUGUAAUGAUGCUGCCAUAAGAGGCACUUGUCAUGUGAAUCCUGAAUAAACCAAACACAAGGACAACAACAGUAACAUCAGGCUCCGCGACAGAGGCGUCGCCAAAAACUUUGUGUCCCUUUCUCGAUCUCUCGGUGCAUGUGAAGAGAGAUGUGCGCGCUUCUAGUGGGCAUGGACCACCGAUCCUCUCACACCAACCACCACACGGGCAAGAGAAAGCAUGACGACAAACACUUAGCUCACAUCGCCGACCCCGUACAGACCAGACCGGGGUCUCACGCCACCCCCAUGCGGCGUGCCGCGAACAAAUCCACCGCCCAGAACUCAACCUCCACCCCUAAGACUGCCGCGAGGUCGCACCGCAAUGCGGUAACUCCGCAGGAGAAACAGAACAGUCGGUGGAGGGAGGCGGUGAAGAGCGCUAACUUUGAGGCGUUGAAAGGACUGGUGGAGGAGGACAGUUUCAAUGUGGACUUAGUGGACGAGCAUCACCAUGGACAAACUCCGAUCAUGCGGUUGUGCCAUUGUGACGUGACAGGGAAACAGCGGAGGGAACUCUGUAACAGUCUGCUCAGCCGCGGGGUGGACCUCAAUACCCAGGAUACCAUGGGCAGGACGCUCCUGGCGCUGGCGUGCAUCAAGGAGCGGGAGGAGGUCGUCUGGCUAUUGGCGGAUGAACCUGACCUUGACCCAGGUAUUCCUGACAAUGAGGAGAAUACAGUACUGAUACACGCCGCUAGGACGGGAAAUGUCGCCCUGGUGUCCAAGCUCAUAGCCCUCUUCAAAAAGUUCCGUUUGGACGUGGAUCAAGCUAACACUCAAGGAAUGACACCGUUGAUUCAGGCGGCGAAGCUGGGCUACAUGGAUUGUUGCCGGGUGCUUGUAUGUGAGGGGAAGGCCAACGUCAGCCUACGGGACCACAUAGAGUACCAGACCGCGCAACAGUACGCCAGUGAAAGCGCUCGAGCGCGAACCCCGGACCUCCUUUUCCUCUCACCCGUCGUCAGACGCAAGGAGGAUGCGAAGCGAAGCCGUGUCGCCAGGGGGCGCAAGAUCCUGUCGGAACUCGCGUUGCACGACCACAGCCACGAGCAGGCGCCGAAGGUGACGAAGUCUGCCGAAGCGGACGUCGGGGGUCUGUCGGGAAGCUUCGAGAUCUGCCACCGGGACGUUCCUUUGCGGAGACGGCCGGAGUUGGUGGAUCUACAGAGCAGUGUCGUGUGGCAGAUGAGCCGGAAGAUCAUGCCGAGAUUAAAAGAGAUAGAAGAAGGCACCACAGUGUCAGACGAGGAAGACGAAGAGUUCACGGGUGACUUGAGCGUGCGGAGACGAUCCCUCUCCAUGUCGUCCUUCUACGAAUUCAAGAAGGUCCAAGGCAAGUUUUUAACCCCGGGCUCCGCAUCAAGUAGCGGGGGGACCUCUCCGUCAAGUAGCCCGCCGCAAAUCAGUACCCCUGAACUCAAACGGGCCGCGCAGAAAGCAACUAACAAUGCACGGGUUCGAUUCCCACCUGUUAACUCACACAGAACAACCCCGUCUUCCCCCAGACCUAGUCCGACCCCGAGUCGAUCGGGGCGUACUCUGGGAGUUAGGUCUCAUGCUGAGGACAUUCCGACAAGAGCUUCUCCAAAACCUUCCAAAAAACUCUCCCCGAACUCUAGACAACAGUCGGACAAAAGGCUGAGUGCCAUUCCAUCGUAUCUUUUCAACUAGUCGCACAAGGAUGUAGAUGUAAUUAUAAAAUUAGCAUAGUUUAGCAGGCUCGUAUUUCAAUGCAUAUUAUCAAUGGAUAUAAGGAGUGUGUUUUACACAACCAAGAAAUGGGAAGGAGGGGGCAUACCUGUGCAAACCCAGUCACGUUUGGGUCGCAUUUUAUUACUGCAGCGCCACCAAGCGGCUGGUAGCAGAAUUGCAUCCAUUAUUACCCCGAUGACUUGAAAAAAAGUUGUGUAAGAAAGCUAUAAUACGAAAGGAUAGUUCUGGCUUACAACUUUCAAGUCAUUGCUUGAUGUUUGUUGUUGCAAGUUCACUGCCUUUCAGGGAACUAUAUCUGAUUUUAGAUACCCCAAACAAAAUUAAAACAUGUCAAGCCGACAAUGAGAGCUAUUUCUGGUUUAAGUCUUAUAUUAUGAUGAAAGGAUUCAGAGAU